AUGACACUCAUAAACUCGGUUAAGUCGCUAUCCAACAACACAGAACUAGACGACAUUGAAACUGCAAAGCCUCGCCCUCAGCAGCGUAUCACUUUCCAGCCGGAUGGACAUCCCGACCGCAGAGGACGUGGGACGAGCAGUCGGCGCCGUUCCGCGAGCCGCGACUCGAUUUCCAGUGUGCGGAGUCGUACCCAGUCUGUCUCCGGCGUUCCAAUAGAGUUUCGUACGCUCUCGUUUCACAUAUCCGAGUCACAGGGCAUCCAGGACAUCGACAAGAGCACCCCACGUCGAGAGGGCAAGGGCGAAGCAAAGGACGACAAAGACUAUUUUGAAAAACUCGACUUCCAUCUCUUAGACGCCAAUACCGCCUGCAGUGAGCUGAGGGUCACGCAGCACCAGGGUCUCAGCGCUGCUGAGGCUGCAUCACGGCUUUCUCAAGAUGGCCAAAAUUCGCUCCCUCGCAAACGCGAGAACUACCUGAAGAAGCUGUUCAUGUACGUCUUUGGCGGCUUCUGCUCGGUCCUAUGGAUCGGUGUUGUCGUCUUCUUCAUCUGCUGGCGGCCAUUAGGUGAACCUAAUCCGGCUCCCUAUAAUCUCGGUUUAGCAAUCCUCAUCCUCAUCGUCAUAUUUCUGCAAGCCUCCUUCUCCGCUUUUCAGGACUGGUCUACCGCACGGACAAUGGAUUCAAUCCUGAACCUACUGCCUGCGGAGGCUCUAGCAGUCCGCGAUGGCAACGCGGCAAGAGUCCCGUCUGCCGAUCUUGUUGUUGGAGACAUCGUCAAGAUCAGCAUCGGGAACAAAGUACCCGCGGACAUCCGUCUCCUUAGCACCUCUGGAGAUGUCCGUUUCGACCGCUCAAUGCUCACCGGCGAGGCCGAUGAGAUCGAAGGAGCCACUGAGAUAACGGACCGGAACUUUCUAGAGACGCGCAACAUCGCAUUGAUGGGUACAAUGGUAACGAAUGGAAGCGCAACGGGCCUCGUCGUUCUCACCGGACAGGACACGGUAAUGGGUCGCAUCGCCAAGGCCGCCAUUGGUGUCAAAGACGAACCUACCCUUAUCCAGCGCGAGAUCACCCGCUUUGUCACCAUCAUCGUAAUGCUCACGGUCGUUCUCGCCUCUACUAUCCUCUUUACCUGGGUUGGUUGGCUACGUGUAGACCACUUCGCCUUCAUGAACGUUGUCGCCAUGCUGAACGUUAUCAUGGGCUGUGUGGUUGCUUUCAUCCCCGAGGGUAUACCUGUCGGGGUUGCGCUUACUCUCUUGAUGAUUGCACGUCGAAUGAAGGCCAAGAACGUCCUACCGAAAGGCUUGUCUACUGUCGAAACGCUCGGUUGUGUCAAUGUUAUAUGCUCUGACAAGACUGGCACCCUGACCGAGAACAAGAUGAAGGUGACCACGGUCGGCUUCGUAGACCAACGUAUGAACGUUCAAGAGGCAUUCGCCGCAAUCUCGGAGGGCAACUCGAUGCCGCUGAAUGGGCUUCAUCGCGCUUCAGUACUCUGCAACGACGCGAGCUUUGAUGUUCUCUCCAUGGACCGGCCGAUUAUGAAUCGGGAGAUCCAAGGCAAUGCCACCGAUGGCGCUGUUCUAAAAUUUGCAGAAGCCACGCAGGAGGGGAUCGGCCGCAAGAUUCGUGAUGCGCAUCCCAGGGUUUUCCAAAUACCUUUCAAUUCCAAGAACAAGUGGAUGCUCACCCUGCAUAAAGCUACGGAGGACACUUCCAGGUCAGCUGCCGAUAAACCGCGCUUUCUUAUGCUGAUCAAAGGUGCUCCUGAUGUGCUCCUCCCACACUGCAAUACAUACUGGUCCUGCCAAACUAACACUAUCGAACCCUUGGUCUUUGCUGCGAAAGCUCAGUUCUAUGCACUUCAGGAGCAGUUGUCACGGAAUGCCGAGCGGGUGAUAUUGAUUUGUGAACGCUACGUAACGCCGAGCGAGGCUCUGGGCUCUAACGCUUUCGCGGACGAGAUUCAGAACGACUUCGUGGCUAAUUUAACCAUCGUUGGCUUGCUCGGUAUCACGGAUCCACCUCGUGGAGAGACUGCCGCUACUGUAGCGGCCUGUCGCCGCGCUGGCAUCCGCUUCUUUAUGGUCACCGGUGAUUUCGGGCUUACUGGCGCCGCUAUUGCCCGCGACGUCGGUAUCUUUACCAACACAUCGGACCCGGAUACAUUUGACGCAAUAGUAGGACCUGGCGGCUCCGUACCUCCCACGCAGAUGGCGACGAGUCUUGAUUAUACACAUACCAGUCUAUUGCUUGAGGGACCCUCGAUUUCAAAGCUCUGCGACGAUGACUGGGACCUCGUUUGCCGUUACGAGGAGAUCGUUUUCGCUCGCACUACCCCGGAGCAGAAGCUCCGUAUCGUGAAGGAGCUCAAAGCCCGGGGGAACUGUGUGGCGGUCACGGGCGAUGGCGUGAACGAUGCGCCAGCUCUUCGUGCUGCAGAUGUUGGCAUCGCAGUUAUCACAGGCAGCGACGUUGCUCUGGAGGCCGCUGAUCUCGUCCUUCUUGAUAAGUUUGACUCCAUUGUGGACGCCAUCCGACUCGGACGUCUGGUUUUCCAGAAUCUACAAAAGGUCAUCGCUUACUUGCUUCCCGCCGGCUCAUGGUCUGAGAUCUGGCCGGUUCUAAUGAACGUCUACUUUGGAGUUCCGCUUCCGCUUUCCUCCUUCUACAUGAUCAUCAUCUGCGUCUUUACCGAUCUAUUCCUCUCGCUUUCGCUCAUCAUGGAGAAAGAAGAAUUCGACCUACUCGAACUCCCUCCUCGCAAUCACAAGAAGGACCACUUGAUAAACCUGAAGGUCUAUGGGCAGAGUUACCUGUUUAUCGGCGUGAUGGAGACCAUAUGCGCGCAUGCCAUGUUCUUUUUCUACAUGCAAAAACACGCCGGCAUCCCAUUCCACGCUCUCAUCUUCGCUUUCGAGAAGUAUUCGGACGGCUUCUACGGGUAUACCCAGGCGGAACUCGUCUACUUCAACACGGUGGGGCAGAGUGUCUACUUCGUUACGCUCGUGAUACUGCAGUUGGGCAACAUCCUCAGCAUGCGCAACAAGCGGCAAUCGAUUCUCCAAGCCGACCCCAUCCGGAAGAAGCGAAGAAAUCCUUGGCUGCUGGCCGGCGCGGCGAUGAGCGUGGCCAUCGCGGUGUUCGUAACGGAGGAGUCGGGCAUACAGUCAAUCUUUGGGACCGCGAGUGUGCCAUGGGAGUUCUGGCUUAUUCCUGUGCCUUUAGCAUUCGGAAUACUCUUGAUGGACGAGAUGCGGAAGUUGGUUGUGAGGUUGUGGCCGAAGGGCCCAGUGGCGCGAGUCGCAUGGUAG